ACGAACCUUUCCGGGAGCUCCUGCUCGGUGUGGUGUGUCCGUAGGAGCAAGUUCUGCGGUUUCACUAGGUUCUGCGAGUUCUUAACGAAAUUAAAUACGAUUUACGAGUUACUACGAUUGGCGCGUUGAUGUUCUUUCGUAACUCGUAAGUUACGAUUGAACAAACGAAUGUUCUUUCUCGAUUCUUUUAACGGGGACUUGGUCGCGAGAAAAUUCGACAGGCACUGGUCGCAACACGAACGAAGCUUCAACCUUCAUCGAUCGAUUUGACUGAUUUUUGAGAUCCAGUCACCGAAAACUUCCAUCAUUCCGUCAAAAACCGAGUGCCGACCCGCAGGGUGGCGAUCAUUUGAUAAGGGUUCUAUCUACAAUAGGCUGGUAGGCCAGUCUAUUGGUGGGUGUGUAGAUAACUGCGGCAACUGGAAGUUGGCCCUGAACGCAGAGCCCCCGUGGCUUUGCUAGCACCCCCAUAGUGAUCUUGUCUUAAUCCGUUUCCUCACGACUCACCCAAUUCUCAUUGACAGCUGCCUCUUUGCUGCCUAGCACCUACAGAGUAUUUAUAAAAAAUUUACAAAAUAGUCAAUAUGAAGGUAACAAAUUUGGACGAACGUAUUCAUGUUUUGGACAGUGCGUCAAAUGUUACGACUGUCAUCAAAGACAUUGCACUGAGUGGAAUGCAAGAAGAAGCUUUUUAUGUGCUUGACAUUGGUGACAUUGUACGUAAACAUCAGAUAUGGAAGGAAAAAAUGCCACGUGUCAGCCCCUAUUACGCUGUAAAAUGUAAUGACAACUUAGUUGUGAUUGAGGUAUUGGCUGCUCUUGGUAUUGGUUUUGAUUGUGCAUCAAAAUCGGAGAUUAAUAAAGUAUUAAGUGUUGGAGUAGACUCAUCGAGAAUUAUCUUUGCCAAUCCUGCUAAGCCAGCAUCACAUAUCCGUCAUGCUGCUGCUGUUGGAGUUGAUGCUAUGACAGCAGAUAAUGAAAGCGAGUUACAUAAGAUUAAGAAACUUCAUCCAAGUGCCAAGGUUGUUAUUAGAAUUCGUUGUGAUGCAGAAGUUGCUCAGUGUCAAUUAGGCAUGAAAUUUGGUUGUGAUCCCAUAUAUGAAGCACCCAAUCUUUUACGUCUUGCGCGCGUUUUGGGACUCAAUGUCAUCGGAAUUAGUUUCCAUGUUGGAUCUGGUUGUCAGGAUCCACCUGUAUUUUAUCGAGCUAUACGCGAAUCCAAGAUAUUGUUUGACUUAGCAACUGAUCUUGGUUUCAAACCAUAUCUACUAGACAUUGGCGGUGGUUAUCCUGGAAAUAAGGGCACUAGCAUUGAUAAAAUUGCUAAUGUCGUUAAUGAUGCACUCGACGAAUUCUUUAAUACCGAUGCGGUUCACAUAAUCGCUGAACCUGGUCGCUUUUAUGUUGCCUCGGCAUUUACUCUUGCAACCAGUAUUCAUAGUAAGCGUUCAGUACGUGGCGAUGAAAAUUCACCAAAUACGAUUACGCACAAUAUGUACUACAUUAAUGAUGGUGUUUAUGGCUCUUUCAAUUGUCUACUUUAUGAUCAUCAACAUGUAACUCCAAUACCUCUAAAGAAAGGUUGUGGAAAGAUGAUUCCCUCAAGUAUUUGGGGACCAACUUGCGAUGGUCUGGAUCAAGUCGUAGAAAACGUUAUGUUACACGAAAUGGAACUCGGUGAUUGGAUAAUUUUUGAAAAUAUGGGAGCAUACACGUUACCGGUUGCUUCUCCAUUUAAUGGAUUUCCUGUGCCUAAAGUUCAUAUCGUCGCUGAUGAAACCAUUUGGCAUUUGUUAAAAGACGCUUUGCCUUUGACUGAAGAGCAUUUUGUUAUUGGUAAUACUCCAGCUAAUUUACGGCUUGGUCUGGAUAUUGGUGGAACUGAUACCAAUGCAUGGCAUAAUCCAAACAUUGAACUGACAUCGACUGAAAUGUUAAAUGACGUUACUAAUCCACCAGCAGCAUAUAUUUACGAUUACCUCGAAGUUGAUCUUUAAAUUAGUGCAGGCAUACUAUGAUAACAACAAAUAUGUUAAAACAGCUACUCGACAUUUGUAGCGAGAAACCACAUCUUCAUUUCGAACGUAGAUAUUAUGAUAUAAUUCGAAACUAGGUUUUUUGUAAGGUUUGUGAUUUUGCAUUUUAUAUUUAUCUUGACGAGUUUGUAGGCGAAAAAUGUAAUAUUAUUUCCGCUUCUAUUCCAAUUAAAGCUUGGAGCGUUACUAAUAUUUGGUGCCAUCUUUGAAAAGCUGAAUUGUUUAUACUUUUUGUUUUUGUUAAAAGACUAAAAACGUGCAAAUUAUUUCAAUUAUUGCAGAAUGAUAUUGCGAUAUGUGCAAUUGCUGCUAAAUAAUUAAAGAGUAAAAUGUAUAAAUUAAAGUCAAAUCUUCAAGCUAUUAUUGAAAAAUAUUUUCAGUACUACUAUAGAUAUUAUUCUGCUGCAUUACAUGUUAAAAUAUUUUCGUAGGAAUAUUUAUAUAUGCUUUUAGAAAUAGUUUUCCUCAUAUAUUGAUUUCCAAAAUAUUCAAAAAAUGUUUAUUGACCUUUUCCAUGGGUAUCUACGAUUUGCACGUUUAAUAUAGGGGAAAGUUUCAUGUUAUUUUUAUACAAAUCAUAUAAAUAUGAGUUAUUAGAAAAUUUAGCUAGCAAAAAUGGUAAUUUUAAUUUUCGCAAUCAUUUUUAUGAACGAUUGACGUCCAUGCUUAUGGUAAAUGAUGUUUUAUGUGGUUUUUUAAUAUUAAUCUCAAAUAUACAUAAUUUGUAUGAGAUAUAUAAAAAAACAAGAGUAGUUGUCUUGUGUAAGGGUUUAAAUGUCGAGACAUUUAUCUAUAUAUAUAUAUAUAUCUAUAAACUAUUCAAAUAAUCAUUGUUACUUAACACAUGAUUAACAAAAAGUGAAGAAAAUGUAAAAAAAAAUUACGAGGGAAAUGUAAUCAGUAGCAUUGAAGGUGACGUACGUGUCCAACAUGUAUAAUGAUAUAAGCACAAAAAGUUCGCUAUCUCUCUCGAAUUAAUUUUGUUCAUUUAAAAUAUCAAAAAAGAUAUAAACUCUGUAGGAUUGUUAGGAUCUUUAGGGCACUGAGGCAGCUGUCACAGAAAGAAAAGAUAAUUAGUUUCUUAUUAAUUAUUACUCUUAUUGUAUUAUAUGUCGACUAUUAUUAUUGUUAAUUAAUUAUUAUUAACGAAUAAAUAUAUGUAAUGAAAUAUAUAAAAUCAAA